GUGCAAUAUUCUCAGUACCAGUUUAUACUGGGACGUCAUGAUAUGGCACAGGUGUACCUAAUGAAGUGUCCAAGGACAACGACUCAUUGAAAAGCUAAUUAAGGACCACAGAUAGUGCAUCCCCUUGGCAGGCAGAAAUCAUCACCACCACCUCCCAGCCCCUCCAAAACAGCCACCCACCCAUCGUCAAGCUCACCCCGCCCGCCUGUGCCAACCUUCCUUGCAACAGUGCGCUCUCAUCAAGCGAACGUCCACUUAGUGUCUGCGUAAAAAAAUGGUUUGUCAUCGCUGACCCUUCACAGGAGAGUUCUCUCAUUCGCGGCUUGUGGAGUCAGAAAGAAGAGAGAAAAGCAGGGGAGGAAGAUAACGAUAUAAAGAGAGAGAGAGAGAGAGAGAGGACGGGAGGAGACAGGCGGAAAGAAAUACGCCUCUAUCCUCCUCCUUCUUCUCCUGCACACUCCAGUGGACUUCCAUCCCUCCAUCCCCUUGCGUGGAUCGGGAUACCAAACACGCUGAAGAUUACCGAUCGUUUUCUUCUUUUUGCCAAAGAAAACCAGGACUCAGUGCAAUCAUUUCUCACCUAUUCGCUCCAAGGACUGUAUGAGAGACUUUAUUCUCCGAGUGUGCUUCGGAAGUGACUGCACGGACUUGGAUGUCCAGGUGCCAGUGAGAUGUGAUUCCCUGGGGUUUCAUUUCACUUUGACAAAGCAAAGUGCGCUGUAACAGGCCUGUGUGCUGAUAAGUCGUGAGAAGCAGGAAGUACAUUACCCGCUACUUCCGGGUCAACUGAACGUCAUGUGGACCAGAUGCCUUCUCUUCCUGUCAACCUUGUUUGCUCCCAUUGCCAUCGCCUCCAGCCGCGCUCCCAUCCCCAUGGCAGUGGUGCGCCGGGAGCUCUCGUGUGAGUCCUACCCCAUCGAACUCCGCUGCCCUGGAACUGACGUCAUCAUGAUUGAGAGCGCCAACUACGGCCGCACCGACGACAAGAUCUGUGACUCGGACCCUGCCCAAAUGGAGAACACUCGGUGCUAUUUGCCCGAUGCCUACAAGAUUAUGUCGCUCAGAUGUAACAACCGGACUCAGUGUGCAGUGGUAGCCGGCCCUGAUGUUUUUCCUGACCCUUGUCCUGGAACAUACAAGUACCUGGAAGUCCAGUAUGAAUGUGUUCCUUACAAGGUUGAACAAAAAGUGUUUCUGUGUCCCGGAAUUCUACGUGGUGUCUACCAAAGUGAGCAUCUCUUCGAGUCCGACCACCAGUCUGGAGCUUGGUGCAAAGACCCGCUGCAGGCCUCAGACAAAAUCUACUACAUGCCGUGGACCCCGUACCGCACAGACACCCUGACUGAGUACUCAUCUAAGGAGGACUUUAUUGCAGGUCGUCCCACCACAACGUACAAACUGCCGCAUCGGGUGGACGGAACUGGCUUUGUCGUGUACGACGGUGCGCUUUUCUUCAACAAAGAGCGCACUCGCAAUAUUGUCAAAUUUGACCUCCGCACACGCAUCAAGAGCGGCGAGGCUAUCAUCGCCAACGCCAACUAUCAUGACACAUCACCUUACCGCUGGGGGGGCAAGUCGGACAUCGACUUAGCGGUGGAUGAGAACGGACUUUGGGUGAUCUAUGCGACGGAGCAAAACAAUGGCCGCAUUGUGGUGAGCCAGCUGAACCCUUACACUUUACGCAUCGAAGGCUCCUGGGACACCAGCUACGACAAACGCUCCGCCUCCAACGCCUUCAUGAUCUGCGGGGUCCUGUAUGUCGUAAAAACCGUCUAUGAAGAUGACGACAAUGAAGGUACAGGGAACAAGAUCGACUACAUGUACAACACGGAUAAGAGCAAGGAAGUGAACAUCAACAUACCGUUCCCCAACUCGUACCAGUACAUCGCCGCAGUGGAUUACAACCCGAGGGACAACCUCCUCUACGUGUGGAAUAACUACCAUGUGGUCAAGUACUCCCUCGACUUCGGCAACAAUGACUUCCGCCCACCUAUGAUCCCCCCCAACAGAGGCGCAGUGGGUGGGGGCUCCACCUCCUCUUCCUCUUCCACCACAACUCGCUCACCCCCUUACUUCACCACCCUGCGGCCUCUCCUCACGACUUCACCCGGCCAGCGUUACCGAACCACUACAACAGUCCGCCAGCCUGUCAUAAAUCCUGCCGGCGGUUCACCGUCUGACAGCAAUCAGAUUCCAGACACAAGCCGCAAAGCUGGCGGACGCUACCCUCCAGUGCAGUUGCCCCCGGCGGCCCCUCAGCCCCCAGCGUUGCCUCCCCAAGACUUUUGUAGUCCAAGAGUAACAGCCGAUAUUUCAUGGCCUCGGACACAGCAGGGCCAACUCGCCAAGCAGCCGUGCCCUGUCGGGACACUUGGCGUGGCCACGUACAUGUGCAUGGCUCAUGUGGGUUAUUGGGAUCCUCAAGGCCCUGACCUCAGCAACUGCACGUCACCUUGGGUCAACCACAUCAUGCAGAAACUCCGGUCAGGUGAGACGGCAGCCAUUGUGGCAAGAGAACUGGCAGAGCAGACUAAAGGGCUCCUGCGUCCAGGGGAUGUGCCUUCCACGGUGCGGGCCAUGGCCCAACUAGUGGAGCUGCUCGAUGUUCAGCUCAGGAACCUGACACCGGGGGGAAAGGACAGCGCUGCCCGCAGUCUCACCAAGCUUCAGAAGAGGGAGAGGUCCUGCAGGUUUUUCACACAGGCCAUGGUGGAGACGGUGAAUAAUUUGCUGCAGCCGCGAGCCCAGACCGCGUGGCGAGAGCUGUCCACCAGGGAGCAGCUGCAUUCGGCCACGCUACUACUCGACACGGUGGAGACCGGCGCUUUCAUGUUGGCUGACAACCUCCUCAAGACGGACACUGUGCAGGAAACCACUGACAAUAUUCAGCUGGAAGUGGCCAGGCUUAGCACGGAUGGGAGCCUUACUGACUUGACAUUCCCUCAGUCAGAGCUACACGGAAACUCCAUCCAGCUGUCAGCCAGCACUCUCAAACAGCACGGAAGAAACGGUGAGAUCAGGAUGGCCUUCGUCCUGUACAGGAAUUUGGGUUCCUAUCUCUCCACGGAGAACGCUAGCGUUAGACUGAGCAGUGAGGCCGUCUAUCCCAACUACUCGGUUAUUGUCAACUCGCCCGUUAUCACGGCAUCCAUCAACAAGGAGAGCAAUAAAGUUUACCUCUCCGAGCCUGUCAUCUUCACGGUUAAACACCUACAGCAUUCCGAAGAGAACUUCAAUCCAAACUGUUCCUUUUGGAGCUACUCCAAGCGCACCAUGACUGGCUUCUGGUCCACGCAGGACUGUCGUCUGCUGGCCACCAAUCGCACCCACACCAGCUGCUCCUGCACACACCUCACCAGCUUUGCCGUGCUCAUGGCCCACGUGGAGGUGAAGAAAGCAGACAGCAUCCACGACCUCCUCCUGGAUGUGAUCACCUGGGUUGGGAUCCUGCUGUCGUUGGUCUGCCUGCUCAUCUGCAUCUUCACCUUCUGCUUCUUCCGCGGGCUGCAGAGCGACCGUAACACCAUCCAUAAGAAUCUCUGCAUCAGCCUCUUCAUUGCUGAGUCGCUCUUCCUGGUUGGAAUCAACCGAGCAGAUCAGCCGAUUGCCUGUGCCGUCUUUGCCGCCCUUCUCCAUUUCUUCUUCUUGGCAGCCUUCACCUGGAUGUUCCUGGAAGGGGUGCAGCUGUACAUCAUGCUGGUGGAGGUGUUUGAGAGCGAACACUCCAGGACCAAGUACUUCUACCUGGCAGGAUACGGCGUGCCGGCUGUCAUAGUGGCCGUCUCGGCCGCUGUGGACUACAGGAGCUACGGCACAGAUCGAGUGUGUUGGCUGCGACUGGAUACAUACUUUAUCUGGAGCUUUAUAGGCCCUGCUACACUCAUCAUAAUGCUCAAUGUAAUCUUCCUUGGUAUCGCACUAUAUAAGAUGUUCCACCACACCGCCAUCCUCAAACCCGAUUCUGGAUGUCUGGACAACAUCAAGUCUUGGGUGAUUGGGGCCAUAGCCCUGCUGUGUCUGCUGGGUCUCACCUGGGCUUUUGGCCUGAUGUACAUCAACGAAAGCACCGUGAUCAUGGCCUAUCUUUUCACAAUCUUCAACUCACUGCAGGGAAUGUUCAUCUUUAUUUUCCACUGCAUUCUGCAGAAGAAGGUGCGUAAAGAGUACGGCAAGUGUCUGCGCACUCACUGCUGUAGCGGCAAGAGCGUAGAGACCUCCAUCUCCUCCUCCAAGACCACCACCUCCCGUACGCCCGGCCGCUACUCUACAGGCUCACAGGUGAGCUUACCUGCCUGCACACCUGGACGCUACAGCACAGCAGACUCUCAGAGUCGAAUCAGGCGGAUGUGGAACGACACUGUGAGGAAACAGGAGUCCUCCUUCAUCACGGGAGACAUCAACAGCUCUGCCACGCUUAACAGAGGAACCAUGGCUAAUCAUCUUAUAACUAAUGCUCUCCUUCGUCCCCAUGGUACUAACAACCCUUAUAACACUCUCCUGGGGGACUCUGCAGUCUAUAACAACCCUGCUGCGGGCAUGUACAACACCCAAGCAUCUUACCGAGACACAAAGGGCAUCCUGAACAACGCAAGAGACUCCAGUGUUAUGGACACGCUGCCGCUUAAUGACCGGAGCGGCGGCUACGGCACCCAUAGCAACCACAAAGAGACCACUUUGGAAAAGAAGAUAUUGAAAGAGCUUACCUCCAAUUAUAUCCCGUCUUAUCUCAACAACCAUGAGAGGGCCACUAGCGAGCGUAGUCACAACCUGAUGAACAAGCUCGUCAACAGCAGCAUGGCCAAUGGAGGGAGCCUGGCAGGAGGUAGCAGUAGCUCCAGCAGCAGUGGAGUCGGAGGCUGUGUGGGCAACGGUAAAGAGGACGGAGGCCCCAUGGUGCUGGACAACCCUGCGGCCUUCCCCCACGAGGAGAACCUCGGUCUGGAAAUCAUCCGUGAGGAAUCCAAUGCGCCGCUCCUACCGCCGCGGCCUCCUCCUCCAGAUAGCCACCCGCCGCCGCCUCCCCCACACAGCUACUCCAGACCACGCCGUAUCCCGCAGGAAACCAGCGAGAGCUUUUUCCCCCUGCUGACCAAUGAGCACACCGACGAGCACACACACUCACCCAACCACAGAGACUCGCUGUACACCAGCAUGCCGGUUCUCACCGACCUCCCAGACGCCCAGGUGAAUGGAUUAACGGACGGCGAAGACGAAAGCUCCGGAGAACUGCAGCCCUGUAAGAGCGCCACCGCGCCAGAGUUAGACGACGUCUACUACAAGAGCAUGCCCAACUUGGGCUCCAGGAACCACCUUCACGAGCUGCAGAGCUACUACCACAUGGGGCGUGGAGGUAGCGAUGGCUACAUGGUGUCCGGCAGCAAGGAGGAGUCUGAUUCGUCACCUGAGGAGCCCCCUGUGGACCCUUCCCACCUGGUCACCAGUCUAUAGAGUCCACCAAGAGACUCCUGUCCCUCCCUGAGCUCACAACCUUCCACUGUUGUUAACUGACAAGCCGAGCGGGUCCGCCCCUGGACUAAGAGCUGCGUGUAACUCUUAUCAUGGUUCACAACAAUAAAGGGGCUGAAUGUAUUGUCAUCAGAGGGCGACGCUGAGAGCCACUUUGUGAAUAUCAAACCUUGAGUAGAACCUUGGACCUGGAAGGGAGAGAAGCAGGGAGGGAUGUGUAAUUUUAUGUGUCGGACCUGAAAGUUCUCCAAUAUGGACCUCCAGCAGAUCAGAGUCUCCACUAUUACCACGACUGAGGUUCUGACCCCCCGACUCUCCUGGUUAACAAGGAAUCGUCUGUGUUUCUGUAUGUGGAUCUCACUCUAAAAGACACAUUUUGAAGGCCAAUCCAGCCACAACAUAGACUGGCUUCAGGCAAAGGCCCCGCCCCCACUACCUGCCAAUCAAGUGGAGGAUGUAUGAUAAAAAUCUCUCAGCAAGCAAACUGUAACCGUAUCUUUUUCUGACGUUCUAAAUUCCUGUUCAUAUCUGCUCAACGGGAGUUGUGUCCAGGCUGGUGUCAUAUGUUCCUGCAAGUUCUCGUGACUGCGGCUGCUGUUUAUUUCGCUAAUAACAAAAUGGCGGGAGAUCCGGUGUACGAAAAGCGGCCGGUGUCGUCUUCUUUCUUCCGUAGAAGUCUUCAGUUAUGAAAAGAAUUACGACAAAGUGACUAAAUCAUUUCUAUGUAUUGUAUAGAAUACAGAUACAGAUGUUGCAUAUGACCAGUUGUUAUUUUUCAGUUGUCUGUGGAGCCGUUUGGAACUGUCCGGUCACAUUUCGGUGACGGAAGCAGUAAGGAACUUCUUAGCGCACUCUGACUAAUAUGCAUUUAGCCAACGCACAGUUUUGAUCCGUUUACAGCCACACCACUCUCACUUACAUUUUGCAAAUUGUUACUAUAUAUUUUACACUGUGUAGUCGGAAGGGAAAAAGAAAGCGGUGCUUACUAUGGAAAACACUUUUUCUGGAAGUUUAUUUUUCUUUUAGGCACAAGGGGGGGGGACCUGGGUGGGUAAAACACACCAGGUAUUUUGGAGUAACUUAUAUAUAAAGCAUAUUGUUUUUAUUGCCAAAUAUUCUACCAUUUGACAUUACUUAACUGUACUCAUUGUGCAAAAUAAAAUAUUUAAAAAAAAUGGGAAUUGAAUGUUAUUCAAAAUUGAAAGAAAUACCAUUACUUUAUUUUAUUUUUAUUUUAUUUUAUUUUUUACACCAUCAAUGUGUACUGAGGAUGUGAACUCUGCACACUGCAGCACUGUUUAAUGUUAAAUCCAAUGUUUACUUAUUGAGGAGGGACAUUUUCAAAAGUUUGUAUGAAGUGUAGCUUCCACGUGUAUCCCGCGAGCCGCUUCCAAGUUUCCCUAGAGAGAAAUUAUUUAUUUAUCUGUUUAUCGGUUGAAAGAAGGCAGGAAAAAAAAAAAGAGCUGACUUUUAUGCAGGAGUAAAUAAAGUGGCACACGGAGUGCUUUCUUUUGAUUUGUUUCUUUAUUUUUAAAUUAUUAAGAUCAUGUUGAUUAUUCCGAUAUUAUUGCUGAUUAUUUAUUCUUUUUUGUAUGGGUUACCAAGUUGAAUGAUCUCAUAACUAAUAUUUGUUGUAACAGUGAAAGUUGUUUGCCAACAAAUAAAUUACUGAACUAGC